CUGGCUGCAGACCCGACUCGCCUGCAGAACGACUCUCCGAGGGGCAAAGCGAGGGAAGAGGCGCAGUGAAAACAGGAGGAGGAGGAGGUGGGGGCACGCUUGUGUUUCACAUCAUAGCAGCGGGAGGAAAAACGGACUGAGAGCGGGGGUAAGGUGUCGGAUACCAAAAGACAGAGAGGGAGAGAGAAAGAAACGCAGGAGCCGCUUCUCUUGCAUCGGAAAAUGGAGCUACCCGCCGCUGGAGAACACGUCUUUGCUGUAGAGAGCAUCGAGAAGAAGCGCAGCAGGAAGGGGAGGUUCGAAUAUCUGGUCAAGUGGCGAGGAUGGUCUCCAAAAUACAACACAUGGGAACCAGAAGAAAACAUACUGGACCCGAGACUGCUGGACGCUUUCCAAGACAGAGAACGUCAGGAGCAGCUGAUGGGAUAUCGUAAGAGAGGACCAAAGCCCAAACACCUUUUAGUUCAGGUCCCUUCAUUUGCCCGGAGAUCCAGCAUUCUGGCUGAUCUUCACGAAGCAUCCCUCGAGGAGGACAGCCGUCAGAAGAGCAGCCCCGUCCAGAUGUUCCACCCACAGACGCAGCAGUAUCAGCUGAACAGCAAGAAACACCACCAGUACCAGCCGCUGUGCAGGGAGCGCGAAGCGGAGCAGCCCAGCAAUGGAAAGAAGUUCUACUAUCAACUCAAUAGCAAGAAGCAUCACCACUACCAGCCCGACCUCAAGGUGCAAGAGCCCAUGUUUGCAAAGCCCAGAGAGGUCCACGCUCCAGAAUUGGCCAACAAAGGGUACAACCUGCCUCCGGUGCUGCAGCAGAAGUGGGUUCGGGACAAGGAAUCGGGGUGCCUUACCAAAGUGAAGGACAUCACCAUGAAGACGAUUUCAGCUGGAUUAAAUGGACACAAGGAGCAGGAGAAGGAAAAGCCUAAAGAGGAUGAUUCACCACAGUCCAACGGUGUCAGCAGCAGCAAACUAAAGAUCGUAAAGAACAAAAACAAGAACGGACGGAUUGUUAUUGUCAUGAGCAAGUAUAUGGACAAAGGGAUGCAGGCGGCUAAGGCUAAAAACGGUGACUCUGAAACAGAGAAGGCUCAGCAGGGGGUCGAUCACAGCACAGAGAGACAUCUUGAAAAGAUGAAGCUCGUCAAGAAGCUCGGGCUCAUGAAUGGAUUUGCAAAAAACCACCCCAAAGACAAACCAAGUGUUCCCAGUUCUGGAUUUAAUGGAGAUUGCCCCAAAGAAAAGCAACAGUCCCCCAAAAUACAGCCGGCUAUGAUGGAACGGGAUAAACACAUUGAGGUCAGGGGUCAGGGGCAACUUGCAGCGGAUCAGCCUUUACAGCUGACAACCAAGCCUAAUCUGCUCUCCCUGCCCAUGGGAGGGGGAGUUUCCUCUGCAGUGGACAAAAGAGGAAACCAAGGUGGAUUUCAGGGACUAAAGCGACACCUCACAGACACGGAGGAACACGGGAGUAGCAAGAGGCUGAACUGUACGAGCGUCAACAGCGUGUCGUCGUCCCAAAGCCUCAGCGACCAAAGCGGACUGCAGGACUGUGGCUACGCGGACCAGGAGGAACCCAUGGACCUGAGCAUGAUCAAGGCCAGGCCUAAAGCUGGAGACUACGCAGAGACCGGAGCACAAGCCGAGACGCACGCGCUGGCAUGUAUGGACCAGCCUAAGACACAUGCAGAAUCAGACACAAAGCCUCAAACGGAGGCUCAAAACAGUCCAGAGAAGGUCAGCUCUGACGCUGUGUCUGAUUCCAGCAGCGCAAAGAAGGAAGAGACCUUUCCCUCCUUUCAGCCUUUCCUUGGAAAUAUCAUUAUCACGGACAUCACCACCAACUGCCUCACUGUUACCUUCAAGGAAUACGUCACAGUGUAGCAGACCUGUAAAAAUGCACAUAAGAUAUAUUUGUAUUUUUAGAUGCUUGAAUGUAUAAUGUAUGAAACCUUAAUGCUUUGAUUUUGUAAAGCUGAGAAAAAAUGAAUCAUUUAUUGGGUUAUUUGCAUAUUUCUUUUUAUGAGCUCUGGCUGUUGUUAUUUCUGGAGGUUUUAACACACACAGUAUCGUAUUUGAGCAACUUUUUAAAACUUAGUGGGAAAACGAAAUCAGACUUUAACUCAAGAUGCACUUGUGUAAAUACUCCUUUCUUUUUUAUGGAUGUUGUCUGACUUGUCUACACUCAACCGUCUCAGAUAACGUUACAAAAAGCUAUAAGACGUUUUUGUAAGGGAGAGAAUUUCUAUUAACUUAAAUUUUAAUUACCGUGUGUGUGUGUGUGUGUGUGUGUGUGUGUGUGUGUGUGUGUGUGUGAGAGAGACCUUUCUGUACCAAGAAGAUGUGUCAGGUGACAAGAUUUGUUUCUUUCGUUAUUAGAUCCAGAAAGUGAUUUUGUUUAAUUGUCAUUGAUUAUAUCAGUUACAAACCUUUAUGUGAUCCAACCAAUUAAAACCACCAGCUGGUGCUUCCACCAUUUCACAUUCUGUGACACUAAAUGCUGUAAGAAAAUACAUGGACUCUGUGUCAUAUUCAAAGUAGCUUUGGAAGCCGAUUAGUUUAUUCAUUCAGAUGUGUUCCCUUGUGUCCUUACUGAUGCCAGUGGGCUCCCUGUGGUCUAAGGUCGUAGGGAACAGGUUCGUUCACGGUGUGUAUGUGUGCAGACUAAAAACUGAAGACUUCCUAUGAUGCAUUUUGCAAUAAUAAAAUUGUUUGCAAGUGA